AUGUCUGGAUACGGAUACGAGGGCGGGUACAACAACCAGGGAGGAGGCGGCUACCAGCAAGGCGGCGGUGGUUACGGCCAACAACAGCAAGGAUAUGGACAGCAAGGAUACAAUGGUAGUGGUGAAGGAUAUCAGCAACCCCAUCACCAGCAGCAGCAGCAGCCGCCGUACCAAGGCGGUGGUGCAGCCAGCCAGUACUAUGGCGGUGGUCAAGGGGGCGGUCCUCCUCAAGGCUACCCUCCCCAAGGCGGCCAUGACUCUGCUCCCCCCCAGUACCAACAAUAUCCCUCUACCGCCACGCACUCGUCCAACUCGGGUGGAGAGGGGAGGGGCAGUGCAGGCGCAGACACUGGGGCGCUAUCGUGGUCCAAUGGCGGGCAGGCGCUAGAGCGUCGCCGCGCCACGGAACACACGGCCACACUGCGGCGCAAAGGUACUGGGUACGCCGGGCUGGGCGACUAA